AUGAGCUCGAGGCGGAACGACAAUCCUCCACCUUACUCUCCCAGCUCAUCAGAGGCAGACCCUCUGAUAGGGCCUCGCAAGCCUUAUCGUCGCUAUCGAUCUCCCUACCUCUAUGUGGCACUUAUUGUUCUCUUUAUUAUCGCAAUCAUGGCUUUCAAUUUCUCCACGAGCCUUUCCAAUGACCCCUUAGAUCCAGAUGUUCGAGAACGCAUUCGCAAGGACUGGGACAUUGAACUUCGCCAGCACCAAAAAGAAGUUCUCGAGCGCAUCGACACCCAAAAGCGCUGGCGUGUGGAAGAUAAUGAAAGGAUUAACCUCCGCGAACAAUGGGGAGCGGAGGUGGAAAAGCACAAUCGUGAAGUGGAGGAUAGGCUAAAGCGCGACGAAGAACACAAAAGUCAUAUGCACGAACAAUGGAAAAGAGAAACGGAAGAACACAAGAAAGAAGUGGAGGAGUUACGGAGGCGCGAAGAGCAAGACAGAAUUAUUCUUCGCGAAAAAUGGAGCAGGGAAGUGGAAGAGCAUGAACGUGAAGUGGAGGAGAGACGGAAGCACGAAGAAGAAGAACGUUUGAGAUUGAAUAUGUUUUGGACCGACUUGGCGUCCCACACGUGCACAACAUACGCCACUCGAGAGUACACUGCCCGACUUGUGAAUGUUCCGUCAUACUACAACCGCCGCGUGGAGGCUUGCAUGACCACACCGGUAAAGAUUCAUGGGGUUGAAUACAUGCCUAAGUGGUGCGAGGACCAUGGUCCAAACGAUGUGAUAGGUCAUUGGGAAGUCGAUCAGCAUGAGCCGGAUUGCGCGUCGUACUGGAUCCGGUACAAAAAUCUUGGCUGUAUUUCUCCUGGAUCCGGUCAGCGACGUAUUGAACAUUACCUUGAGCACCUCCCAUCGGGAGCUGAUUGGAAGGAGUUCUGUGCUACCACUCCUGCAAACUUCCUCGGGAUGCAUUUCAUGGGCUCAGAAUUCUGCUUCCAAAAUAAGGGUGGCACAUACGGUCACUGGGUUUUUGAUGACGAGAGCUGCAAAUAGUGAAGUCACAACAAAGCUUCGAUGAUGGAUGAGGGUGAUAUUGUCUUGGAAUUUUGAUGGGUUGUUUUUGCUGUACCAUUAGUUGUACUUUAUACUUGCAUCACUGUAUGGUCACUUAUAUUCGAGGUAGGCACUGCUGCCACCGCCAUUGGGGGAGUGUCUGCGAACUUCGGAGCACGCACCAUGACUGACACCACAGAAAUCAU